GCGAGACGCUCCGCAUCUCCGCCUACUUCUCUGAACACUACGUCAGAGGCAUUGCCACCCUUCUACGGACGGCGGCUGAUGAGUGACGUGAAGCGAGUGCAAUCGCCGACGCCAUACCACUUUUUGCGUCGGCCGCCAGCGCAUCUCUAAACGAUGACGUAAUCCGCGACCAAGGCCGCGCGGCGCGGGGCGGCCUGCGGGCCGGCCCAGACUGUUCCGUACGGCGUACGGGCCGUCCCAUCCGUCUGGGACGGUGCGGGCGGGAGCAGCGCAGUACGCAGUCGGCGGCACAGAGCGCAGGGUGGAGCGGCGGCUGGUGGGAGCCGCCCGCCAGCGAGGAGCUGAACCAGGGGAGACCGCCCGUCUUCGACACAUCGGCACUGCACGUAAAUAGGCACGAUGUCGGCGACGAACGGAGGCGACGGGACCGGUCAGCCUGCCGUGGUGAGCGACCAGCCGACCGCCCUGGCCGGUCAGACCACCGAGGAGGGUGUCAAACUCAAACACUACGGUCCCGGACAGGUGGCCCCGCCGCCGCCCCCGGCGGAGGACGACUGCUGCAGUUGGUGCUGCGGCACGUCCGGCAGCGGCGGCGGCGGAGUGUCCAGGAGCCACCAGACCAACUACGGAAAUAACCAAUACAUGUUCGCCAGUAGCGGCAACGACAGCGGCUGGAGCGGCAGCGGCGGCGGAGACGACGGCGGCGGCUGCGACAGUGGCGGCGGAGACGACGGCGGCGGAUGUGACAGUGGCGGGGGCAGCAGCUGGGGCGGAGGUGGUUGUGACAGCGGCGGCGGCGGUGGCGGCGGAGGCAGCAGCUGGGGAGGCGGCUGCGACAGUGGCGGAGGCAGUAGCUGGGGCGGCGGAUGCGACAGUGGCGGCGGCGGCGGCGGAGGUGGCUGUGACAGCGGCGGCGGCGGAGGUGGCUGUGACAGCGGCGGCGGAGGCGGAGGCUGCGACUAAAUAUGCAGCUGACGGGUACGAACUAUUGCUUUGUGAUAAUUACUUUCAUACGCACCAAUUUUCAGCUGAGGACAAAUAAAUAAACACGUCACUUAA